AUGGUUGGCAUGUCCAUGGGAGCGCCGAAAGGCAACAGCGAGGUUGCUCGCGAGGAGGCGCCUGAGUUUGAGAAGGUCAUUUGGUACAAGGAUCCAAACAUGCGAAAGCUAUUCUGGCACUCUUCGGUCCUUUGCAUUGCCUCCGCAACCACUGGUUACGACGGCAUGAUGAUGAACUCUUCGCAGCAGAUGAACUACUGGCAAACCUACUUCGACGAACCCUCCGGUAACCGACUGGGUCUCAUGAACAACAUGUACAACAUCGGUUCGAUCGUUAGUUUCUUCCUCGUCCCGUUCCUGACCCAGUGGACCGGGCGCAAGAUUCCAAUCGCCGUCGGCUGUACCAUCAUGAUUGCCGGUGCUCUUGUCUCAACCUUCUCUACAAACUGGCAGGUCUACAUGGGUGGCCGUUUCAUCCUUGGUUUCGGUAACUCUUUCGCCCAGAUGUGCUCCCCCAUUCUUCUCACCGAGAUCUGCCAUCCCCAGCACCGUGGUAUCUUCACCGCCGUAUACAACUGCUUGUGGAACUUGGGAGCACUCUUUGUCGCAUGGAUCGCAUGGGGCACAUCUCAAGCAAGCAACGAUUGGUCUUGGAGGUCUAUUACCCUUCUUCAGGCCCUUCCCUCUUUCCUCCAGCUGUGUUUCCUUUGGUGGGUUCCUGAGAGUCCUCGUUGGUUGAUCUCCAAGGAGCGCUACGAGGAGGCCUUGGACACUCUCGCAUACUAUCAUGCUGGUGGUGACCGAAAUAAUGCAACGGUUCAGUUCGAAUACAUUGAGAUGAGGGAGGUUAUCCGAUUGGAAGCCGAUGCGAACAAGAACUCUAGCUACGUGGAUUUUGUCAAGACGAAGGGUAACCGAUGGAGGUUGGCCAUUCUCAUCUCUCUCGGUAUCAUCUCCCAAUACUCCGGCAAUGCGCUCUUCUCCAACUACAUCAACUUGGUCUACGAAGGUGCCGGUAUCACUAGCGAAAACCAGAAGAUGGGUCUUACUGGUGGUGAGCGUAUCCUGGCUCUUUGUGUAUCCGUAUACGCAGCUACCUUGAUCGACAAGGUUGGUCGUCGCCCACUUUUCCUCGGCGCUACCACUGGUAUGGUCGUCUCAUUCAUCUGCUGGACCAUCACCUGCGCUAUCUACGAGAACUCUGGCGACACCAACUCCGCAGCCGGUUACGCUCAGAUUCCAUUCGUCUGGAUCUUCGGUGUCUUCUACGCUUUUGCCUGGUCUGGUCUACUUGUCGCCUACGCUCUCGAGAUUCUGCCUUAUGCUCUCCGUGCUAAGGGUCUCAUGAUUAUGAACAUCACUGUCCAGGCUAUUCUCGCUGUCGGUGGUCAGACCAACCCGGUUGCAUGGGACAACCUUCCCAAGCACUGGAACUUGGCUCUUUUCUACACUCUCUGGAUUACUGUUGAGCUUGUCUUUGUUUACUUCGUCUACCCCGAGACCAAGGGACCUACACUCGAGGAGAUCGCCCGUAUCUUCGACGGUCCAGCCGCUGUUGCCCCCGUGGACAUGGAUGCCAUCGCAAGGCAAGCUGCUAAGGAACGUCUUACCAACUCUAACGAUGAGAAGGAGCCGCAUGUUGAGCAGAGCCGCAUCGUUUAG